AUGGCCUUGAUCUGCCUUCAGGCAGUGAAAGAACUUGGCCUGGCCGACCAGAUUCCCCACAGCGUUCGUGCUUCUUUCGGAACUAUAUUUGCAAGCUUCACAAGUUUCAAGGACGUACGCGCACAAGUGUACGCAAAUCGAGGCGUCAGCGUGGUCAGCACUGCAACGCGAGUGCGACCUAAUGCAUUCCAUUUUCGAAGGCAAGUGAUUAUAUUGCAGCGAGCAGGAGGAGGGAACGCUGAACGUCAGUCGUCAGAAUGGUCGCAGUCCACCACCAUUGCGAGGGCGUUCUCGAUAGGUGCCAAGGAGGCCGAGGCUGUUAGCAACCUCAUGUGCAAGGUGCCUGCAACAGUGGUUGAAACUCUUUGCGCCGCGGUCCGAGUUCGCGGAAUGGCGCGUUUCCUGUCGCAUGAAGCCAUUGCCAAGUCUGUCUUCAACACUGGAUGGAGCUCUGGAAUGGUGGCGUGUGAAGCAUGGAAGGACCAACUGACCAACAAGGAGGAUUGCCGACUAGUUGACCUGUUCGUGAGCCGCAUCCUUGGCGAUUGGGACAAGACAGCUGCACCUCUUCGCAAAGCCUUGGCCUACAAGGAUGCGGUUGCCUUGCGUCAGGCAACUGGAGCCUUUCUGCACUUCGUAGCCGUUUUGCAGAGCUCCUUCCCUGCGAAGGAUUUCAAGGAUGCUUCAGAUUCACUCCUCGCCCAGUUUAUGGAAGGCUUUUUGGAUCCUGAUCUGAUUCACGCUAUGAGUGUCCAGGUCCCUCCGGGAGACAUUCGUGCAGUCGGAGCUUUCAGGCCUUUCCUCGCAAAAAUGGAGGCUGCUGUUCGCUCAGAGAGGGAGCUUCGGGAUGCUGAGUUGGCAGAGAACCUGAGACGAGCAGAUUUGCAACAACUUGUUGCGAAGCUAGAGCGGGAUUUCAAGGUGCUCGAAGGCCGCAAGCCCAAGGAAGAUGCCAGUGCCAAGGAGCGUGCGCUCGACAUGAAGUACCUGCGGGAGCGUCAAACGCAAGGGAACGAGCACGUCGAGCGUUGGAUGGCUCAGAACUGUCAGCUGGUGAAGGUAGAUGACACAUUGGAAAGCGCCGCGCCGCAGUUCCUGAAAUUCAAAGAGCAAUUUCGUGGCAAGGGCGAGGAGUAUUUGAUUUGCGUCAUGGAUUUCACGGUGUUUCCGGCAAAUGCCAGUUAUGUGGCAGCAGCUUUGAAAACCUUUGCAGCUUUGCUCUCCAUGACGUCCAAUGCAGUGGGGCUGGUCAUGUACCCGGUUUGGCAGACUCAGACCUCUGAGUCCGCCUUGGUGAAACAUCGGCAGCUAUUAGACAAUGCCUUCCUGAAGGCUGGUCUUUCCAUGAAGAAUUUGGUUCAGCUGCUGUAUACAAAGCCAGACUCGCCAGCGCGGGACGCGCGCUCGCUAUCACAGCUUGGCUUGGCCACAUUCCAUUCUCAUUUCGAUUCUCAUGCCUUCGCAAAUUGCAAGCCUGUGCGGGAAGGGAAACUGGGGCCGUGCCCCCUCAUCAAAAUCAGCGAGUUUGUUGGGUAUGACUUGGAAGUGUCGAAGCCAGGCGCGUCGGCUCGGGUGGAGCAGAAGGGUCCAGCCUGCUAUGAUGCCAUUGUGAAUUCCUUUCUUGACGGGAUGUCCUUCCAAGAUUCAGACAUCUUGCUCUUUGUUGAUGUGGUGCCGAACAGGUUUGCAGAGUUUGCACGCGCCAUUGCAGCACGGGAUUUGAACGGUUCCGGCAGGACUGUGCACUAUUUUGGCUUCGUUCAUGAUGAGUUUACAGUCAAUUCCGCAGCCAUCCGGAACAUGGUGUACAAAGAGUGGGAUGCCAAUCCUGACAGCCCUCCAAAACAACGUGUUCGCCCAGAGACAGUGGCAGACACAACGCCUGAUUUGGAGAUGUUGGCAUGGUCUGGCAACGCGCCAAAUUUCCCAGAUGCGCUGUUGACCAGAUUCCCAGAGAAUUCUGAUGAAUAUCGAAAGGUGCAUGAUUUGCGCCAGAGGUUCAAGGAACAGUUCCCAACAGCUUCUCAACCAAGUGCGGCUGAUGGCCGUGGUGGUAGAGUUGGUGGCUUGUGCGACUAUAGCAUUGAUGGUGGGAAGGAGCCGCUAGAUGUCCGGCGGCAGAUUGACUUGCCAGCCGUAGCAGUUGGCGACAUGACUUUGGCGAGGAAAGCUGGGUGUGAUGGCAGCGGCAAAAAACCAGCCAUCACAGUGGAUGAGAACUACCACAUUUGGCUUGGAAACUUGACAGAUGCCGACGUCACGCUCGAAGCCGGAGAACUUUUUGGUUUUGGGCGAGGAGCCUACGAGCAAAAGGAAGUUCGUCGGAACCUUAGAAAUCAUUUUUGUACACCUGACAAUAAAGAAAAAGUUCAGUGA